UCUCUUCUCCCGCGGCGUUGGGGCCCGCGCUCCGUGACUGCUCGCUGGAUUCGGCGCUUAGCCCGUGGCGGGCUCCCCUGAGCGCCCGGCUGCUUCUGGAGCAGGCCUCCCUCUCAGCCUCGGCUCGCGGCGCCGACCCUUCGGGCAGCCUCCCGCCCCGUCUCGGACUCUCGCCGCCACCGCCGCUGCCGAGGCCCUAGCCCCGAUGGCUCUGUGCAACGGAGACUCCAAGGUGGAGAAUGCUGGAGGAGACCUUAAGGAUGGCCGUCACCAUCAUGAAGGCGCUGUUGUCAUUUUGGAUGCUGGUGCUCAGUAUGGGAAAGUUAUAGACCGAAGAGUGAGGGAACUAUUUGUGCAGUCUGAAAUCUUCCCCUUGGAAACACCAGCGUUUGCUAUAAAAGAACAAGGAUUCCGUGCUAUUAUAAUCUCUGGAGGACCCAACUCUGUGUAUGCCGAGGACGCUCCCUGGUUUGAUCCAGCAAUAUUCACUAUUGGCAAGCCUGUUCUUGGGAUUUGCUAUGGCAUGCAGAUGAUGAAUAAGGUAUUUGGAGGUACUGUGCACAAAAAAAGUGUUAGAGAAGAUGGAGUCUUCAACAUUAGUGUGGAUAAUACAUGCUCAUUAUUCAGGGGUCUUCAGAAGGAAGAAAUUGUUUUGCUUACACAUGGAGACAGUGUAGACAAAGUAGCUGAUGGAUUCAAGGUUGUGGCACGUUCUGGGAACAUUGUAGCAGGUAUUGCAAAUGAAUCUAAAAAGUUAUAUGGAGCACAGUUCCACCCUGAAGUUGGCCUUACAGAAAAUGGGAAAGUAAUACUGAAGAAUUUCCUUUAUGAUAUAGCUGGAUGCAGUGGGACCUUCACUGUGCAAAACAGAGAACUUGAGUGCAUUCGAGAGAUCAAAGAGAGAGUAGGCAUGUCAAAAGUUUUGGUUUUACUCAGUGGUGGAGUAGACUCAACAGUUUGUACAGCUUUGCUAAAUCGUGCUUUGAACCAAGAUCAAGUCAUUGCUGUUCACAUUGACAAUGGCUUUAUGAGAAAACGAGAAAGCCAGAGUGUUGAGGAAGCCCUCAAAAAGCUUGGAAUUCAGGUCAAAGUAAUAAAUGCUGCUCAUUCUUUCUACAAUGGAACAACUACUCUACCGAUAUCAGAUGAAGACAGAACCCCUCGAAAAAGAAUUAGCAAAACAUUGAAUAUGACUACAAGUCCUGAGGAGAAAAGAAAAAUCAUUGGAGAUACUUUUGUUAAGAUUGCCAAUGAAGUGAUUGGAGAAAUGAACCUGAAACCAGAGGAGGUUUUCCUUGCUCAAGGUACUUUACGGCCUGAUCUCAUUGAAAGUGCAUCACUCAUUGCAAGUGGCAAAGCUGAACUGAUCAAAACCCAUCACAAUGACACAGAACUUAUCAGAAAGCUGAGAGAAGAGGGAAAAGUAAUAGAACCUUUGAAAGAUUUUCAUAAAGAUGAGGUGAGAAUUUUAGGCAGAGAACUUGGACUUCCAGAAGAGUUAGUUUCAAGGCAUCCAUUUCCAGGUCCUGGCCUGGCAAUCAGAGUAAUAUGUGCUGAGGAGCCUUACAUUUGUAAGGACUUUCCUGAAACCAACAAUAUUUUGAAAAUAGUAGCUGAUUUUUCUGCGAGUGUUAAAAAGCCUCAUACAUUAUUACAAAGAGUCAAAGCCUGCACGACAGAAGAGGAUCAGGAGAAACUGAUGCAAAUUACAAGUCUGCAUUCGCUGAAUGCCUUCUUGCUGCCAAUUAAAACCGUGGGUGUACAGGGUGACUGUCGUUCCUACAGUUAUGUGUGUGGAAUCUCCAGUAAAGAUGAGCCUGACUGGGAAUCUCUUAUUUUCUUGGCAAGGCUUAUACCUCGCAUGUGUCACAAUAUUAACAGAGUUGUCUAUAUAUUUGGUCCACCAGUUAAAGAACCUCCUACAGAUGUUACUCCCACCUUUUUGACAACAGGGGUGCUCAGUACUUUACGCCAGGCUGAUUUUGAGGCCCAUAACAUUCUCAGGGAGUCUGGAUAUGCUGGGAAAAUCAGCCAGAUGCCAGUGAUUUUGACACCACUGCAUUUUGAUCGGGACCCACUUCAGAAGCAGCCUUCAUGCCAGAGAUCUGUGGUUAUUCGAACCUUUAUUACUAGUGACUUUAUGACGGGUGUCCCUGCAACGCCUGGCAGUGAAAUCCCUGUGGAGGUGGUGUUAAAGAUGGUCACUGAGAUUAAGAAGAUUCCUGGUAUUUCUCGAAUUAUGUAUGACUUAACAUCAAAGCCCCCGGGAACUACUGAGUGGGAGUAAUAAACUUCUUGUUGUAUUAAAGUACCGUGUGCAGUAUGAAUCGAUUAGACACCAUUCUUAUUACUGACAUGCAGUGCUGUGAAAACAGUUCAUGGAGCAGCUGUAUCACAUCUGAGUUAUCUACAGAAAACAUCUACAGCUUAAGAGCUGAGUUGGGGAUAACUAAAGGGACUGAAGAGAUUGUACGGGUAAAUAAUCAAGCACCAUUGCCUACGUUCAGACAGAUUGAUACUGCUUUUGCCUUUGCCUGUCUGUUUUUAAUGUAAAACUCAUUGCUGCUAUGGCUGUCUCUGUGAAGAUGGGGAAGGUGGCAAAUGAUGGAUGGGGAAUAGUGGACUUUUUGUGCUUGCCAGUUUCUCUGAGGUGUUAGACACGCCCAUUAUUUACCAGAGUGACUAUAUUUUUUUGGAGAAUCUGAGUUUUUGAAUAAGUAACCUGAUUUCUGCAGUGGGUAAGAAAGAGAUGAACAUAGCAGAUAAUGGUAUAGGUGGGCUGCUGCAGCCAGUUUUGAGGAUGCAGGAACAAUAAAAUGUAAGCUACUUAAGAUAGCAACACACCAGGAAUUUGUUAAUGUAUGAGUUUUAUGAAAUCACAGCCAUGGAGAAAGAAAGUAUGAACAGUCUCAAGUAUCUAUGAAUGGUCUUAAAAUGUUUUCAAACCGUGUCCCAUGUAGAUGCCACGUUAACUUGUUGUCAUCUUAUCCAUUAGUUGGGUGCUAUAUCCUCCCAGCCUUGUAUAACCAACUUCUACAGUCAUGCAUAGAGAGCGCUCUCUUCAGAAGAGACUUUCAUUGAUGUCUUGGUGUGGUGCAGCUGGAUCUCGAGAGGAGAGUUUUAAUCUCUAGUUUGGUCAGAAGAGCAGCUCUGAGACCACAAAAGCCAUGAUAAAUGCCCACAGUUUACAAAUAGAAGAAAAGUGCUCGUGUCAUCUACUAAAGAAUAAAUGAACCCUUUACUCUCAUCUGUAGACAGAUUUAAUACCUGCUGCUCAGAAGUCUGGCUACUCUUCAUGCAUGCAUAAUAUUUGAUGAACCAGAUGUUUGAGGACUUGCUGCCGUUGCCCCCUGUUUAUAACAGUUGCCACUUCUUAGCUUAAAAGGUCUUUUCUGUUAAUCGGAUAUAAAUUUUUGUCUGAGAUUCAGUGUUAACAAAAUGAUGCUCGGCAGAAGUCUUCAUUCUGACUGGUCCAGAGAACAAAAAACUGCUGCUGGACCAGCAAAGGGCAGAGUUUCUGUCUAUUGUGACAGACGUCUGUACCCAAGACAAAGGAGUGGCUCACUUCUUCAAAACUUGAAGACGGGUUCAUUGUCUGUCCUGAUGAGGAGGUACUUGCCAUUGGCUUCUGGAAAGAGGAUGUGCUAGUGAUCUGGCUUAGAGCCAUGUUAUUUUAGAGCUAGAGUAGGCAACCUAUAAAAUGCUUACAAACCUGUGUCAGUACAUGUUUAUGUGAAAAAUUCUAGCUGAAGUCUUCUGAUUCUAUAUUCAAGCAAACAGUAGGAGUCCAGGAACAGUGAAUAGGGAUCUCUUUUCCUUGAAGUAUGUCCUAUGGAACACCCCUCCACUGAGAUGGUCCACGUUGAAAAAAAAAAGGGCUUAGAUAGUUAUACAUUAAUUUGAUGUGUGCUACUCACUUGUCUUGGAGAUUCAUGGUGUACUGUAUGUUCAAAGCUCAAAAAUUUUGAAGUGAAAAACAGUUGUUAAACAUUGCUUAUUAACUGAGUGUUUUCCUGAUAUGUGCCUGUUAAAUACCUUUUUAUGUAAUUGUGAUAACUGAACAAAUUAUUUCUGUAAAACAUCCCUUCACAUGAUACAAUUUUAAAAGAAUCUAGAUUUUCUGAAAUUCAGAAAUUUACUAAUAUUUAGUACUGUUUUUCUUUGCACAACGCUUUUUGCUUUGCACCAUAUAGUGUUACUGUAUACUUCUGCAGCAUUUCAUCUGAGCCACUGAGAAAAAUUAAGGUUGAACUUGUAUUGUACAGUUACAGAAACAAGCUCAGCUUACCUGUCACCUAAGCAAUUUCAGAAUUAAAUGUCAGAUUUCCUUAG